GACCUUGAAGAAGCUUUGGAAGCUGGAGGUUGUGAUCUUGAAACUUUGAGAAAUAUAAUUCAAGGGAGAACACUACCUGCUGACCUGAGGGCCAAAGUUUGGAAGAUUGCUCUCAAUGUUGCAGGAAAAGGUGAUAGUUUGUCAUCGUGGGAUGGUAUUUUAGACCUGCCAGAACAGAACACUGUUCAUAAUGAUUGCCAAGAGCUUAUCAACCAGCUUUCAGUGCCAAAGGAGAAGUCAACAGCGUUACUUUUGGAUAUUGAAUCUGUAAUUACCUUUUAUUGUAAAUCACGAAACAUUAAGUAUAGCACAUCUCUUAGCUGGAUACAUCUACUCAAACCAUUGGUGCAUCUUCAGCUGCCCCGCAGUGAUUUAUACAACUGCUUUUAUGCUGUCAUGAAUAAGUACAUUCCUAGGGAUUGUUCCCUAAAGGGGAGACCGUUUCAUCUCUUCCGAUUACUCAUCCAAUACCAUGAGCCUGAGCUGUGUUCUUUUCUGGAUACAAAGAAAAUUACUCCAGACUCCUAUGCACUCAACUGGCUUGGAAGCCUGUUUGCAUGUUACUGUUCCACUGAAGUCACUCAAGCAAUAUGGGAUGGCUAUCUACAACAAGCAGAUCCAUUUUUCAUUUAUUUCUUAAUGUUAAUAAUUCUUGUUAAUUCAAAAGAAGUUAUUUUAGCACAAGAGUCAGACAGCAAAGAAGAAAUUAUUCAGUUCUUGGAAAAUACACCAUCCAGUUUGAAUGUAGAAGAUAUAGAAGACCUUUUCUCUCUGGCUCAGUAUUAUUGCAGUAAAACACCAGCAUCAUUUAGGAAGGAUAAUCACCAUCUGUUUGGCAAUACUUUGUUGGGAAUCAAAGAUGAUGAUGCAGAUCUUAGUCAAGCUCUUUGUCUGGCCAUCUCAGUAUCAGAGAUCCUUCAAGCAAAUCAGUUGCAAGAGGAGGGAGUCCGAUUCUUCGUGGUGGAUUGCCGUCCUGCAGAACAGUAUAAUGCUGGGCAUUUAUCAACUGCUUUCCACUUAGAUUCCGAUCUGAUGCUUCAGAAUCCAUCUGAGUUUGCACAGUCAGUAAAGUCCUUGCUUGAAGCACAGAAGCAGUCUAUUGAAUCUGGCUCCAUAGCUGGCGGUGAGCACCUCUGUUUCAUGGGCAGUGGCAGGGAGGAGGAAGACAUGUACAUGAAUAUGGUUCUGGCACACUUUUUACAGAAAAACAAAGAGUAUGUGAGCAUUGCCAGUGGAGGAUUUAUGGCACUGCAGCAGCAUUUGGCAGAUAUUAAUGUGGAUGGACCAGAAAAUGGAUAUGGUCAUUGGAUUGCAAGUACCUCAGGCUCAAGGAGCAGUAUUAAUUCUUCUGUUGAUGGUGAAUCUUCUAAUGGCUCUGGUGAUAGAGGAAUGAAAUCACUAGUAAAUAAAAUGACUGUUGCUUUGAAGACGAAGUCUGUUAAUGUCAAGGAAAAAGUUAUCAGUUUCAUUGAGAAUACUUCAACUCCUGUGGACCGAAUAUCUUUCAGUCUUCCUUGGCCAGACAGAACAUGUACAGAGCGACAUGUCAGCAGCAGUGACAGAGUGGGCAAACCUUACCGUGGUGUGAAGCCUGUUUUCAGUAUUGGGGAUGAAGAAGAGUAUGAUACAGAUGAAAUUGACAGUUCUUCAAUGUCAGAUGAUGAUAGAAAAGAAAUUGUAAACGUUCAGACUUGGAUAAACAAGCCAGAUGUCAAGCAUCAUUUUCCUUGUAAAGAAGUGAAAGAAAAUGGACACAUGUUUCCUAGUCAUCUUUUGGUUACUGCAACACAUAUGUACUGUUUAAGGGAGAUUCUUUCACGGAAAGGAUUGGCUUAUAUACAGUCUCGACAAGCACUAAAUUCUGUAGUUAAAAUUACAUCCAAAAAGAAACAUCCUGAGCUGAUUACCUUCAAGUACGGAAACAGCAGUGCUUCAGGAAUAGAAAUCUUGGCAAUUGAAAGGUAUUUGAUUCCAAAUGCAGGAGAUGCCACCAAAGCCAUAAAACAACAGAUUAUGAAGGUUUUGGAUGCUUUGGAAAGUUAA